AUGACGGACAAUAUUAUUCUGCAAAUCAAAUUCAAAUGUCAGUAUGGCAGACGGUCUCUGGAGUUGUGCUGCCCAAACAGCGCUUCGGACAAACGCUUCGUGGCGAAUGUUCGUGCUUGUUUUGUAAAACCGCUAGCUGUCGAUGCUGAGGACCAAAACGUCAACGAUAAGGACGAGGGCGAUUUUUUAAAUUCAGAUCCCGUCGACAAGCGGUUGUGGCACCUCGCCAAGUUCAUCCGGCACUAUCUCACAAACCUAUUCGGUCUCAAGCGCUUGGUUGAUCAACAGGAUUGGGAUCUCAUCGAAGGCUGGCUGGACGCUCUCCAGCAUUUUGUGCACGCAAUGGAGACUUUCCUGAGCUGCGACAAGCACCGUGAGGAUACGUUCAUCUGCUCGACUGCUGGACGCCAACAAAUUCCUCUUUUGCGCCACCGAAACGCACCACAAAUCCAGUGCUCCAUUUUCAAGCGCUAUUACAGCAGCAGUGAUAUCGGACCGACGCAAUACACGCUUUAUUAUUCCCCAGAAGCGCCGUCCAGUACUGGAGCUGUUGAAAUCCAGAUUCAUAUCCAGGACCAGAGUCAACGUGAAGUACAAGACGGAUGGUCGAACUACGGGACCUGGCACAACUGA